AUGAAUAUUUUGGUGCAUUUAAUUGUCUACGCAGCCAUCGCGUGUGCUGAGAAUAUUCAAGAAAGACGUUCUAAACUUCCAUACAUUGCUGAUGCUGUUGGUAACAGCAUACCGCGGCCAUCAAGUGUUCCAGCAACAGUUGGUAGCCCAGUAAACUUACUUACGCCUGAUAGAUAUGAAUUCUAUACGUUCGACGAGUCUGGAGAAUUAGUAAAGAGACUAAUGACAUUAGAAGAAAUUCAGGCAAUAGUCGCGGCGGGUGAAGACGCCGAUGGCCUAGUGACGUUUGCCAAUGAAAAUCAACCAACUAUAGCAUUUAAUUUCAGCCAGCCACCUUAUACGAAAGUAAAUAGUGUUGUAACGAAUGUGCAAAAUGUCCUAAAGGCUCAAAUGGAGGCUCAUAAGAAUAAUCCUCAAAUGCAACCGACCUUAGAUACGCCGGAUGUCUCUGAUUCUUGGAGUUUGAUCCUACCUUCUAUCUUUGGAAAUACGGGAGUUGAUAUAAUACCUGACAAGACGUCUGGGUCCUUUAUUACUCCUGAAACUGAAACAAUUGAAGUUGACAACUUGAAUGGAGACUAUUUAUAUAGUUUUAGCAAGGAGGCCAACAAUCCACAAAUCACCUCUUCACCACAAAUGAUUGAAUCUACUUCAAAAGUAUCUACGACAGUUCUUGAUAGUAUAUCUAAGCAUCCACCUUCCUUGCUACCACAAUCAACGAUAAUGGUUAAACCAUCACAAUCAGUUACUACAACAGUAUCAAUAAAACCAACAACAGAAAUUAACAAGCUUAGUACUGAAAAACCAAAGAUUUCUCACUCGACGCUAAAACCGACUGCUGCAAGUACUACUGCAAUCAAACCACACUACUCUUCUUUACGCAACUACACUACAAAACCUAAUUGGAAAAUAACCCCAGUAAAUUUGACUACUUUGAACAAUGAGAUAAGUAGUCUUAAAGAAAAACAAACCACGAAAACGUUUACAACAGUAACUGAAAAAACUGAAAAUUCAUUUAUUCCAGUUUCUACUGUGUCCUAUAUAACGCAAUCAGUAACGAAUAAACCAUCAGCUACAUCUAUGCAAUCCACAACAGUAUCAAAUAUAAACUUAUCAAGUAACAAGGUAACUGAAAAAACUAAUUUAACAAUGAAUCCUCACCAAACGUCCAUUGAUUCUCAUUCUGGAAGUAAAGAUGACGAAUACUUUAAAACGAAUACUACUACUAUUACAACGCAAUCUGUGUCACCGUCUACUAUUCCAUCAUCUACAGUAGUCACUUCUUCCGAAAAAUCCAUCUUGAACGGGGAUUCCAUAAACAAAGAAACUCAUAAUACGGAGAGUGAUGAACCCACUAUAAUGCUAUUUGACGUUGCACAAAGUAUAAGUCAAAUUGCAUCAGAUUUAGGAGGUAAUUUUGCACCAUUACCUACUUCUAGUAUUUUAGAUACAACAAAAGAGACUAGUGUUAAUAUAGAAAGUAAAGAAAGUGUUGAUAUUGACAUUCCCCAAGAAAAUGAAAAGAUUAAUACGGAAAAUCCUGAUGAUAUCACUACACCUGAUAUUUUUGUCAAAGUUUCGACGAUAGAUGCACAUUCUAGUAACAAUGCCAAAGAGAGUAUUGAAAAAGUUACGAAACCUGAAGAUAGUGGUUACACUACGACAUUUGUUCCAGAGACAACUACUCAAAUGGAGGCUACUACAGCUUCUAAUUUUAUAGAAACUACUACGCUAGAUUUAAUUUUAUCAGACUCGAUGGGUGAUUUGCUAUCUCAAGUCGUUUAUCAGACUAAUAAUAUUAUAUCCACUUCAAAAGAUGCAUAUAAUUCAAAAAAUAAUAACAAUACAAUAGAUCCAGUCCUUAUCAACAACUCUGAAUAUCAGAAUAAUGACAGCACGGCAAACCAAACGGUUUCAAAACAAAAUGCUGAAGUUCAAGUAAAAGUUGCUGAGACUUCAACAGUAUUAUCUACGACUACUCCAAAAAUUUUAAUCGACUUUAACUCUGAAUCAAAAUCAAAAAUGACAACGGAGAAGUCAGAAAUACUAGAAAAUACCGAGAACAACCUAAAGGACGAUGAAAAACCUCAUUUUGUACCAGUUUCAUUAUCAUCAUCAAAAAAUUCAAGUGAGUUUGAAAUUUUAAAGCCAUCACAUAGUAAUAAAAAUUCAGUACUUAUUCCCAAAACAGAAAUAACACACAACGAUAGUUUACUCACAGGAAAUCAAGGCAGUUUGCAAUCACAAAUACAUAAAGAAAUACCGGAGUCAAGCCUAAAAAUUGAUACACCCAGUAGCAUAAUUUUAAACAAAGAUAUUAAUGCUGCAGGGAAAGACAAUACCAUCAAUUUAACUAAAAAUAAGAUAAACAACAAACCAAGUGAUAAAAUCGCUGAGGUACCGAAAUUCGAUGAAUUAAAAAAGAAAUUUCAAAAAAUUAAUAUAGACGAUAAAGAGCUAUCCAAUGAACGUAACAGUUCAUGGAAACUGAUAUCCACUGUAACACCGCCAAAACUGAAUAGUGAACUUAACAAUAAACAUAAGCCAGAAGGAUUUUAUACUCCAGAAAAUAGCGCACAUAAACAUAUAAGCUUAGAAUUUUCUAAGGAAAAUCAAGGCCUGGAAGUAACUACUAAAGAUUUGGGUGAAGAUAUUUUGCAAUUUGUAGAAUUAUGUAACGAAUUAGCUUUCCAAUAUUGGGAUGACAUUACCAAACACAUCGAUAAGAAGCGUAGUUUAGUAUUAUCGCCAUAUGCCAUUACUUCUAUGCUAGCCAUGAUGUUUAUGGGUGCUAGAGGAGCAACAUCUGGCGAAAUGAAUGAAAUUUUAAAACUGGAUGACAUGGUUACGUUUAAUCCUCAUUUUACUUUGAAAAAUAUAUCAGACUCGAUCGACAUUUCCCCUGCUUCUGGCGUAGCCGUUUCAACAUUCAUUAGAGAACUGUAUAGUGACAAAACAAAGGGCAAAAUUUUGACUUUCUACAAAGAGAGAGCUCAACAAUUCUACAACGGGCAUGUAGAAGAAAUAAACUUCAAACUAAUUAGUGAUGUAAUACGCCGUAGGACCAACUUAUUAGUUAAGCGGUAUACCUUUGGAAAAAUUCAAGAAUACAUGAAAACAAAUGAUAUCGUGAUGCAACCACCUUUGGCUUCAUUUUCUAUGAAUAUUUUUGAGACUGACUGCACAGGAUCAUCUGUUGAUGGCAGAGAUGGUGAAAUGUAUUUUGUGGUAUCACCAAACGUACGACAAAGGCGUCUGGUCCCUGUUCCGGCCGUGGUAUACAGAACCAACUUUUUGGCUGGUUAUGACCCCGUUUUAGAUGCCACUGCUGCAGCUCUAGGAAACACAAAUUCUAUUAUUAGUACCCUGUUUCUCAUGCCUGGUCAGCAAGGAAACAUAGUACACGGUGAAGAUUUAGAGGCUCUCGAAAGACGGCUGCUAGCGUCAAAUCCAGCCGUGGCUUGGAAUCGUCUUUUACGCACUUUAUUGCCGCGAAUUGGUCUUGAGCUUCAAAUUCCAAGAUUUUCACAUAAAUCAAUUUUUAAUGUUUCAUCAACUCUACGUAAAAUGGGUUUAAAAGAUUUGUUUAAUGAAGAGAAUGCAGAUUUGGGUGGCUUAAAUGGACCAUCGAAGAACCUAUACCUGUCUGAUAUGGUACAACUAAAUUCAUUCGUUACUUGCGGCGAAAGUGUGAUAUCGGAACAACAUCAUAUUGAAGAAUACCCGGAGUCCUUGGAGAUUGAAAAAAUUCAAAGACGUCGAAGUGCUAGAUGGCUGAAUUGGGAUGAACCAAGGGACUACCAGCGGGCAUUCCACGAUCCACACGAUGUAGGAGACGCUAUGCACCUUCCAUUGCAUCUACGACCAAGACAAGCAAGACUACCAGCAAGGAAUUCCCAACCAGCUAGAUUAAAAUUUGACAGGCCAUUCCUAUUUUUUGUUAGGCACAAUCCCUCCGGUAUGAUUUUGUAUGUAGGAAGGUACAACCCAAGACUUCUUCCGUGA